CAGUCUGAUAGUCCCCAUCUCGAGUAAGCAUCCAUGCCUGCAGCAGAGCACCAUGCCACCAGCACCAGCUGCUGCAGCAGCUGGCAGCGCUAAGAAACAAUCCUUGGGGUCAACUUAAUAUUACCGCCCCUGAGCAGCAGCGCAGUGCGAUCGACUGACUUGGUAUCCGGGUUCUGUCAAACUUUCCACCUCUGGCCCUCUGGGACACCUCCACCACAUACCUUCAUGAACUUCUUUCCAACCACUUGAGGACCAGUUUUUUUCUGCUGGCAGAGCCAUAACCUACCUACAUUCAUUCACCCCUCACCUCCCCUCACCCUCACCUCCCCUCACUCACCCAUUCACUACACGGUACUACGCCACGACCUCACCUGACUUCUAUCACAUUACUGUACGGGAAUCCGACGCAGGUUCCUCAUCCAGCGAUUGUCUAAUCAAGCACCGUGCCUAAAAUUGUCACCUGUCAAAGAAUCAACGUAGGCCAGAGCCAAUUCCUCCAUUGACGUUGCCAGUCAUUCCUCAUCCUCCGUCGGAAUAGCUUCACUCUUGGGCCUGGCGCGUCGAUCAAUUUCCCAACUUGAAUACAAACCAGAGCACAGCCUUGUUUGCGAUAGCUGCAGGUGAAAAGCCUUUGUUUGCACCAUGGUGUCCUCUUCGCGAACCAGUACAGAACAAAAAGCAGACAGACGCUCCAGUCUUGGGACGCUCUUGCGCCGAAAGGGAAGCAGAAAGAACCUCGCUAGAGAUCAUGAGAUCCCACGAUCGGUAGAGACAGCCGUUCCGCGCCUGCCUGACAUCUACAACGGCGCUCCCCCCAACGUCAUCGAGACCUUUGGAGGCGAAUCUCCUGCCAGACCUGACUCUGUCGCCAUCAUCUCAAAUCGCGCAAUGGAUCCCAAACGCGCGCCACCACCUACGGUCCCCGUCCCUCCAAUUCCAGUCGAUCCCUACGCUAGAACGGAGAGUAUGACCCACAGAGGACGAUACAGCUAUGCUAGCAGUGCUGUCAGCUCAAUCAACAGUCCACGUCGUGUUAGGAGACGGAAGGACCCAACGCCAUUCAAGUAAGCGCUAAUCAGCUUCCAACCCUUGAAAGCCAUCCAGACAACUAACUGUAUUCAGUAUCUUGAUUAUUGGAGCUCGCUCGGCUGGCAAAACUUCCUUUCUCAAUUUCCUCAAGACCUCGCUCGCCCUCCCACCCAGGAAGAGACCCGGUCGGGCGACGACCGAACCCCUGAAUGAUGACAUAUUUGCGCCACAAGGCAAGAAGAAUGGGAACUUUGAGUCGCAUUAUCUGGAGACAGAGAUCGAUGGCGAGCGCAUUGGUUUGACAUUGUGGGAUUCGGAGGGAAUGGAGAAGAACCUGGUUGAUCUUCAACUUCGUGAGAUGUCCUCGUUUUUGGAGAGCAAAUUCGAGGAAACCUUCACAGAGGAGAUGAAGGUAAUUCGAGCUCCAGGCGUUCAAGAUACCCAUAUCCACUGCGCGUUCCUCAUUUUAGACCCAGUCCGUCUCGAUCGAAAUAUUGCCGCUUCACAGGCACAGGCUGCAAAUGGCCAUAGUACUAAUGGAAAGCACAUGCCAGAGUCUCGUAUAAUUGGCGGUUUGAACGAGGAUCUAGAUCUACAAGUUUUGCGUUCGUUGCAAGGAAAGACAACUGUCGUGCCAGUCAUCUCGAAAGCUGACACCAUCACCACCGCACAUAUGAACUUCCUCAAGAAGACGGUGUGGGACAGUUUGCGAAAGGCCAACCUCGAUCCUCUUGAAGCACUCGGACUUGACGACGGAGAUGAUACCCAAAAUGACUCCAGUCGUAUCGAGGAAGGGGACGAAAAUGCCGGUUCCGACGCCGAGAAGAACUCCAACGACGGAAAUUCAAUUCAAACUCCAGAAGCAAGUUCAACACCAAACUCAAAACGUCGUUCCUCCGGAUCCACUCGCCGCCACAGUAAACGCGCAGAAGACGAGCCAGAAGAACUUCCAUACCUUCCUCUAUCCAUAAUCAGCCCGGAUAUCUACGAACCUGGUGUGAUUGGUCGGAAAUUCCCUUGGGGUUUCGCUGACCCAAUGAAUCCCGAGCAUUGUGACUUUAUGCGAUUGAAGGAGGCCGUAUUCAGCGAGUGGCGUGGUGAGCUGAGAGAAGCAAGUCGGGAACUCUGGUAUGAAGGAUGGAGAACAAGCCGACUUAAGUACCGAGAAGUCAAACCAGGUCCACGACGAUGAUCACCUCUUUUUGCACUUGUCUCACCAUUACGAGACUUGUUUCUAGAAGAUUGGUCGUACGGUUCUACCGAGCCACGAGAUAUUUUGCACAAAUUUUCCUUUGUUCAGCUGCAUACCCCUUACUUCGAUUUGUUUUUUUGUACCCAUUUUCCUUGUGCAUCUUGUUGCAGCGGCAGCGAGAGCACAUUAUUUUCUCUUUCUUCUUGCACAGGCGAGAGAGAUAUUCCGGAUUUGACAAAUCUGAUUCAGCGACUGCGUUUGAGCCUUCGUUCUGUCUGCGCUGGUCGCGCGUUCUUCCAAAAGCCUAGCAGAUUUUUGAUUUGCAUCUACUACGAAACGAAUGGAGAAUACUAUUUUCGGCGGAGGGAAAAAAAUCCACUUAUUUUGUUCAUUUCCAAAAAGGUGCAAAAGGGGAUGGAUGUGACCUUGGGGAUAUUUUGGAGGAAAGAUGAUGCUUUGUGAAAUUGGGCAACUCGAUGGCUUGAUUUGCUUUUAUAGGCUCUUCUUCUUUUUCACCUUUUCACCUUCUGCCCUUUUACCGUUGAUGGGGGUUCUUUUACACCGUCGAUGUAAUAUGACUUUGGCGACGUCCAUUUGGGUGGCCUGCCUGCCUGUUGUAUUAAUUCUGUUGUUUCGAUAGUGUUCUAUGAAACCAAGA